AUCUUGACGGGCCCUUCGUCUCUACGAUUACCUCCAAUAGCUGGCUCACCAUGUCCACGCGGCUGUAUUCUCCUACCGCGAUGCUGGGGAUCGGCCCCGCUUCUCUGAGGGCAGCUGCGCUCGGCUUGGCCGGCUGCGCGCACCAGCGUUGUGUACACUCAUCCGCCUCUUUACCCGCGUUGGACAACACGCGAGCGGUCCCAUUGUCAUCAUUUUUGAAGUCUUUCGGAAGAUCAGGUGUUCACGCAAACAUCGGUGCUGCUAACUUCACCCACAACACUGGCCAUCAUCGCUCCGGCGACAAGAGCAGCGCCGGCAGAGCUUGGAGGAGCGCACCCGUCUCGAUUGCAAUGGGCUUGGCGGCGUUCGGGCUCUUCGGCAAAGAGAAAAGAGAGGUGCAGUGCGACUCGCCACCUAUCUCGACAAGCCGACCGCCGACGCCAGCAGAAGGUGGACCGACUCCUCCCUCGCCGAACAAAGAGCCCCUAUUGAACGUGGCCAACUUGAGCUUCGGUACGAUUGCAGGUCUUUGCUCUGGCGUCUUUGUCAAAAAGGGGCUCAAAUUGUUGGCUGUGCUGCUGGGUGCCGCCUUUAUCCUUCUCCAAUAUCUCUCCACUCAGCAUCUCAUCAGCGUAAAUUGGUCCGGCAUAGCUUCUCGUUACGAAAAAGCAGCCGAUCGAGCUGCUCAACAGACUGGCAAUCAGAACGCCCCCACAUCCUGGCAAGACUCUAGAUUGGCAAAGAUCUGGGGCAGUUUCAUCAACUUCUUGACGACUGGGUUUCAGUGGAAAGCUAGCUUCAUUGCGGGCUUCGGUGUUGGGUUCAGGUACGGCUGAGAUGUUUCUGGACAAGUACGGAGAAAAUUUGCUUAAUGCGCAGACUGGCAACACACUAGGGUGAAGAGCGAAGUUUUGAAAAAGCCUGUGUUGGGCGAGAUGAGGACUCAGGUGCAUACAUCUAACGAUUUCGGGAGAGGGUGGCCCAGAGCACGCAGAAAGGUGCAAAUCUUGCGUUCCCAUGCCGGCGGAUUGUGAUGGUUCGAAGGACACCAAUGCGACGAGUAGAUCCAGCGAAGAAACCACGUCACCUCUCUUAAGCAUCAAGAGGCUUAAUGUCCGGGACGGGUCCCAAAGGCACGAUUCGAGUUGGGUU